AUGAGUGACAGAGCUGCGGCAAGGCGGUGGGGUAAGUGUGGACGUUCGUGCAGUAGAGACAGGAUCAUGGUGGCUUUCAAAGGGGUCUGGACACAAGCUUUCUGGAUCGCCGCAGAAUUUUUAGCCAUGCUUAUCUUCGUUUUGCUCAGCCUGGGAUCCACCAUCAACUGGGGGGGCUCAGAAAACCCCUUACCUGUGGACAUGGUCCUCAUCUCCCUUUGCUUUGGACUCAGCAUUGCCACCAUGGUGCAGUGCUUUGGCCAUAUCAGUGGUGGCCACAUCAACCCUGCUGUGACAGUUGCCAUGGUGUGCACAAGAAAGAUCAGCAUUGCCAAGUCAGUCUUCUACAUCGCUGCCCAGUGCCUAGGGGCCAUCAUUGGAGCUGGUAUCCUCUACCUGGUCACACCUCCCAGCGUGGUGGGAGGCUUGGGAGUCACCACGGUUCACGGAAACCUUACUGCUGGCCAUGGACUCCUGGUGGAGUUGAUAAUCACAUUCCAGUUGGUGUUCACUAUUUUUGCCAGCUGUGAUUCCAAACGGGCUGAUGUUACUGGUUCAAUAGCUUUAGCAAUUGGAUUUUCCGUCGCAAUUGGACAUUUGUUUGCAAUCAAUUACACCGGGGCCAGCAUGAAUCCAGCCCGAUCCUUUGGACCUGCAGUCAUCAUGGGAAACUGGGAAAACCACUGGAUUUAUUGGGUUGGCCCAAUAAUAGGAGCUGUGCUGGCAGGGGCCCUUUAUGAGUAUGUCUUCUGUCCUGACGUGGAGCUCAAACGUCGCCUCAAGGAAGCCUUCAGCAAAGCUGCCCAGCAAACCAAAGGGAGCUAUAUGGGAGUGUAGGACAACAGGAGCCAAGUGGAGACUGAAGACUUGAUUCUGAAACCCGGGCUGGUGCACGUAAUUGACAUUGACCGAGGAGAAGAGAAGAAGGGGAAAGACUCAUCUGGAGAGGUAUUGUCUUCGGUAUGA